CAACCCAAGAGCAGGCACUGCAGACACACGCACACACCAGCACGGAGCCCAACCUAUAUCACCAGCCUCCCCCAACCCCUCGCAAGAUGGGCAGAGAGACAGAGGCCAACCACAUGCCAGGCCCUCAGGAGCCAUGAUCCAGGUGCCUGCCCUCCCUCUACAAGGGGCCUCAGAAGCACCAUCCAUCAAGGGCUUUGUCACCUGCCCAUGACCUUCCUCGGUUCAGCCAUCAGAUGGCUUAUGAACUGGGAGGCAAGGACAGAAGGGAAGCUGUGUCCUCUCAUUCUCAAAUAUGCCAGGGGUUUCUGUCCAGUCUCUACACUUCUACCCCAGACUUCCUGGCUAUGCUCUGAGCUCUCUAAAAUCCUUAAGUACCCUUUUGGGUACUUAAGAUGAUUUAUCCGUUUCUAUUGCUUACAACCAAAGAACCCGGCUGACACAAGCACCCACUCGAUGCCAGGCCCUUUUCCACGCAGAAUUUCAUUUAAUCCUCAUAACAACUUACAGGAACCAUAAUUGACCCCAUUUUGUAGAUAAGAAGAAUGAGGCCUAGAGCAGUUGAUUACCUUGGCCAAGGUCACACAACUAGUUAGUGGCAGAGCCACGAUUCAAACCCAGGCCACAGGAAUCCCUCUAUUCAUCACUAAGCACCUUACAAGUAUCGCCUCAUUUAUGAUCACUAGCCUCUUUUUACAGCUGAGAAACCAAGGCCAGAAGUCACAGAGUGAAUGGAGCCAAGAUUUGUCUGUGGGUUCUGGGAGGAGGAGCUCAGAACCUGGAGCUGAUGAGGUCAAUCCAUGAGGUCACAAUGUGGCCUCCCCAGGACAAUGCCAGGGGAGGAGGCCCCUGGCCAGAGGGCAGGGCAAAGCAGCAUGGGCAGUGGACCCCAGUGUUGACUAGCCCUGCCAUGGGAAACAACAGUUCCCGCAAGAGGACCCAAGUGCCCAAGCAGGCUGUCAAGGAGAGGCCACCUGAUAUGGACAAGGCCAGAGGAAAACAGUUCUUCAGCCACCUGAAGCAGAAGCCAAACACCAAGAUCGUGCUGCUGUUUCCCCUGGACAAGCGGCAGCAGCGAGUCGAGGUGGCGGAGGGCCCGGGCGUGCCACCCAGGCGGCCGAGCGAGGACGCGACGGGCGCCCAGGGGGGUUCCCCGGGGGUGACACCCAUGAUGAGAGGAGCAGGUGACGGCGCAGAGCGGCACGACAGCGCGCGCGAGAGAGAGAUGAAGAAGAUUCUGGUUCUGCUGUUGUUGCUGGACUCGCGACUGCAGGAGGAGGGGCACUGCGCGGCGGGCGGGGCCGGAGCAGGAGGCGGAGCCAAGGCCGCGCAGGGCUGGCAGCGACUCUAUAAGCGCCUGGUGACCGAAAGCGAGACCCACAGCGAGGCUGACCUCGCCGCCGAGGAGCAGCCUCGCAACCGGUGCCGCUGUCCUCGCCCGCGGCCCUGAACGCCUGGCCCAGCCCCUCGGCCCCGGCCCAAUAAAGAGUGCAUAGCAACCCCAGCGCCUGCUAGCUCUAUCUGAGGCAUUGCGGUGCAAGAGCAAGACAGGGAUGAACAGGCGAAUUGAGGACAGAGCAAGGCCAUGGUCUGGAGCCAAGGCUGGCUUUGCCUUCUCCUGUGACCCAAGCUCGGGGAACCCUGCCACACCGGAGGAAGGAGGCUGUUCCCCAUCCCAAUUCCAGGCCCAGGUCAGACCCUGCCAGGUCUGCAAGCCCAAGGGAGGUGAGCUUGGGCAAAGCCAGGCUUGACCACGCUAGGAGGGGCCUGCUUCCAGCAGAAGCAUGGCAUCUCCAAGAGUCCCCAGCCUUCACAAGUCCUUCUUAGGUAGAGGGAGGGUCCCAGGCAAACAGCCACCACCUUGGAGAACUGCAAGAGUCCUACCGUCAGCAGGAUCGGGGCUUGAGACUAACAUUCUGCAUGUGAGAGCACCCAGGAGAGGCUGGGGUCCCUGGGCCUCUGACCCUGCUCUCAUUCCUACCCCACUCUGGUUGGUAAGCCCCAAGGCACCUCAGUCACUUGUCUCCCAACCUACCCUGUCCCAUCCCCCUCCCCACACUGCAGCCAAAGGCUUCUUCCAAACCACUUCUCUGUAGGGCAGUUCACUCUGCUCACUGGUUCUCCAUUGCCCGUAGGGAAAUGCCCAAACCUAUUACUGCAAUGUACAAGCCCCGCCCCCCAGCCUCAGUCUUACCCUCUAGGGCUUCUCAGUGAGUUCCACCUCACUCCUGCUCUGGUCAUAUUGCCACUUGUAGUCUCCAACUUGAGGCUCACCUCCCCAGUUCACCCAUGAGAGGCCCAGCACAUUUUCUGUGGGCAUCUGCUGCUUUUCACUCUCAGGUCCCAAACCCAGCUCCAAACCCUAGAGCCUCCCCAGGCCUUCCAGCUUGUUUCCCACGGGAGACCAACCUUAGAAUGACCCCUUGGGGAGUAGAUGCAGCAGGUGAAGGUCCCAGCUCAUUAAAGCCACAAGCCCAGCUUCUGCUGAAGAUGCAGUUUUGUCACUGUCAACAUAACAUCUCCUCCACAUCACCUGCAUCAGGCUGGAGGUUGCAUGACCCAUAGCAUCUCUUGCUGCCUAUAAGAACUGACCCUGCCAUACCAUUCACUUGGUUACAAUCAGUGUAACCAUGUUUCUCACUGUGGCCGCACCUCCUGGUGAUAAGCCAUUGGCCCAAUCUGGUCCUAUUGGCCCCUCCGCUGGGACUGUAAUUCAGGAGCUAUAAGACUAUUUUCUACACGCACAUGCACAAGCUGAAGUCAGUCUUCAGAAUAAAAAUACAGUGUACAGCGAGUGCAUAUCCUGGGUUCCCCACAGCCCAGCAAUCAUCACCCUUACCCUUGGUAUCCACAAGACAUUCAAGAUCCAUGUAAUAAAAUCCCUAUUUUAGCUUAAGCUCACCUGAGUGGGUCUUCAAUUUGCAACCAAAAUGGUCCUAAAGAGAAUAACAAGACUCUGCAAAGACCAGAAGUGGCCUCUUUCUUGUGUGUGAAGAUUACUACCUUUUGGAGAAGGAAAAACAAAAAAGAGCCCAGGAAGAGAUUAGGAAUUGCUUAGGGGUGCACAGUGAGUCAGCUUCAGAAUUGCAUCCAAACUCAGAUGCACAUGAGCCCAUAGGUGUGGUCCCUCUGUGGGCUGCCUGGGCCCCUCAAGGCUAAGCACACAGAUCCUCAGAGUGGCUCUAAAUCUGUGAUUAUGAGCUUUUGUCUUCAGCAUUGAGAGGGGAGGAGCCCCACAUUUGGCCAGAGUACAUCAGAUAAUCCAAAGUCAUUUGGGGAAAGAAUCAGAUUGGUUGUACUGGGAAGUGGAAGCCAGACCCGAUUGCCCAAAUCACUGCCCUUGACCCUGCCUCAGGAGAGAGGAUGAGUCCAGGGAGUCUUCAUCCGGGCAGAGUGCUGCGGAAGCACAGCAAGUGCUGUGGACUGAGGUCACAAUGAGUCCAAGUUCUUUUCCUGCAUUCUCUGACCACCCUCUCCUACAUCCACAACCAGAAACUACCUUAGGCCAAGCCCAGGUGAGAGGUCCAAGAUGCUGCCUGGGGCUUAAGCACUGGGCUGGAUUCCAGGAUCCCCAAAGGGGGAUAUAUUGCGGGAUGACAUUGCCUCAAGGCCCCUUCGUUCUCAAAGCUGCUCCUUGGAGGCUUCUUAGUAUCUAAACGGAUUUGGCUUGGCCCCUCUCAUUCACCUCUAUGAGGGCUGAGGGGGCUCAGAGAGAGGGUGGGGCCUAGUGCCAGAGGUGCACCAGUAACCGUGGGAGCGGAGACUGACACUUGAACCAGAGGCCGGUCCUCAGGUCUUGGGGUUGGAGCCAAGAGCUAAAAAGAGACAUCCACUCUGGCCAGAAGGACGGAACCUCAAGACCAGAGGGCAGAACCAAGAAUUGAGAACGUCAUCUAGUCCAUCAAAGCAGGGAUUCAGGCCCAAGGGGCAGAGCCAAGAACUGAA